CAUCCAUUUAAAAUAAUAAUAUUUGACUUGAGAGUUCAUAAUAUAUUGGCUGAUUCAUCCCACUUGUCUCUCUCUCUCUCUCUCUCUCUCUCUCUCCUUGUGUCUUCCUAUUCAAGAUUCUACUCAGCCCAUCAGUGAAAACGCAUAUCUUCUUCAUUACUACAUCAAAAAUCUCAUUCUUCUUCUCUACUAUUCUCUCCAAAAACCAAUCUCUAAUGAGUUCAAUACACAGACAUAUAUUCAACAAUGCAUUCCAAGACCAUCCUCCAAUCAAGACUCAAACCUCAACUUAUCAACCCCCAUUGCCCACUUCAGAUACUGGCUUUCCAAUACUAGCCAUUGCAGUACUAUGCAUCAUGGCCACAGCUUUCUUGCUAGUCAGCUACUACAUCUUUGUGAGCAAGUGCUGCUUGAACUGGCAGCAACUCGACCCACUGCAACGCUUUUCUAUGUCACGAGCACGAAGAAGUGAAGACCCUUUAAUGGCCUACUCCCCCUCAUUCCAGAAUCGCGGCCUUGAUGAGCUGUUGAUUAACGAAAUCCCAACGUUUCAAUACAUUCGAGGUGAGGGUACUGAAGACAAGAGCCUGUGCAAGUGUGUUGUUUGCUUGAAUGAGUUCCAAGAACAGGACGUGUUGAGAGUUCUUCCCAGUUGCAGCCAUGCCUUCCACUUGGACUGCAUCGAUAUAUGGCUUCAGAGCAAUGCUAACUGCCCUCUCUGCAGAUCAAGCAUUUCAGGCACAACGCGACAUCCCAUUGAUCGGAUUGUAGCACCAACUUCUUCACCUCAAGAUCCACAGCCAUUCACCGGCAGCCUUAUGGGAAGUGAUGAAGAUUUUGUUGUGAUUGAGCUGAGUGGAGAGAAUGAAACAGUAAUGUUACCGCAUGGACAACAAGAGAGAGAGGAUGAUUCCAGAGUGUUGGCGCGAUCCAGAGGACAUUCGCCAAGAAAGGUGGAGCAGAAAUCUAUGAAGUCGAAACCAAGAAAGUUCAAUCAUGUUUCGAUAAUGGGGGAUGAGUGCAUUGAUGUUAGAGAAAGAGAUGAUCAGUUUUCUGUCCAACCAAUCAGGAGAUCUUUCUCUAUGGACUCUGCAGCCGAUCGACACAUUUACUUGUCGGUUCAAGAGAUCAUUAGACAGAACAGGCAAAUCAGCAAGGAAAGAAACAGCGAAGAAUGCAGCAGCAGAGUCCGGAGGUCUAUUUUCCCGUUCAGGCAUGGAGGAGGAUCUAGAAGUGCAGUUCUUCCAAUUGAGUCUGAUCUGUAAAUUGUGAAAUGUAUGUUAUUAAUUGCUUAAUCUUUGGUUUUGAGAUACGAGAUAUUAAAAUUCUUUUGUUUAGAACAAUUCAUAGUCUAUUCCAAACAAAGUUUUGGAUUGAUGUUAUACAAUGUGAAAGGAAAGGAGUAAGUCAAAUAGGGAGACUUUUGUUGAAAUUUAGGCAUGGGGUGACAAUCAUUUGCUUAAACCACAACGGCUAGAUAAUACUACCUUUA